UCCGCUGAGACUGACAACUUCCGCUUUGGGGCCUUUUGUUGUUGUGGUGGUUCUCUCUCUUCGGCGGCGCCUGUCAGAAGCGGUGUCCGCGGCGGCGGAUGCUUCAUGGAAAGCCGGGAAGAACCCGGAGCUGCCGCUGACGCCGCCACCGCCUCCUCCGCCACUAACGAAGCCGAUGCGGCCGCAGAGAGGGAAGCAGCGUCCGGCUCCUCGGGUUCCGAUUCUGAUGACGAAGGUGGGGCUUCUGGAUUGACCGAAAUGGAGUUUUUGCGAAACCUCUUGUCCCGGACAUUAAACUUGGGCAGCGAGAAGCCUGAAAAAGUGCUGGAUGAGCUGACCUUGGAGGGAGUGAGCAGAUACAUGCUGACCGACAAAUGCAAAAAUGUGGUGUUUAUGGUUGGAGCAGGAAUCUCGACCGCUGCUGGGAUUCCAGAUUUCCGCUCCCCAGGGACAGGGCUUUAUGCCAAUCUGCAGCAGUACAACCUGCCAUACCCUGAAGCCAUCUUUGAGAUCAACUACUUCAAGAAACACCCAGAACCAUUUUUUGCUUUGGCCCGGGAGCUGUACCCAGGACAGUUCAAGCCCACGGUUUGUCACUACUUCAUGCGCCUUCUGAAAGAGAAAGGGUUGCUGCUCCGUUGCUACACACAGAACAUUGAUACCUUGGAGCGGGUAGCUGGUCUGGAUCAUGAGGAUUUGGUAGAAGCUCAUGGCACCUUCUAUACCUCGCACUGCAUCAGCCCCACCUGCAAGAAGAUGUACAGCUUGGAGUGGAUGAAAGAAAAGAUAUUUUCUUCUCUCAUCCCCAAAUGUGAAAAGUGUCAGAGCGUGGUGAAGCCAGAUAUCGUGUUCUUUGGGGAAAAUUUGCCUUCUCGGUUCUUCUCUCUGAUGCAGUCAGAUUUCCAGAAUGUGGACUUGCUUAUUAUCAUGGGCACUUCCCUUCAAGUCCAGCCCUUUGCCUCGCUUGUUGCCAGAGUCCCCACAAACACCCCACGGCUUCUUAUUAAUAAAGAAAAGACAGGGGAGAGCGACCCUUUCAUGUCCCUCAUGGGCUUUGGCUGCGGGAUGGACUUUGAAUCAGAAAAGGCAUACAGGGAUGUGGCAUGGCUCGGAGACUGUGAUGACGGCUGCUAUGCUUUGGCAGAGCUUUUGGGAUGGAAGAAAGAGCUGGAAGACCUGGUGAAAAGGGAGCAUGCGACCAUUGAUGCCAAGUCAGGGCCGGCGGUUGGCGAUGGGGCGAGCGCCUCCCGCCCUCAGGUGAAGGACCACCAGCAGAAGCCGUCCCCUAAGAAGGAAAAGCCUCCUCACCACCAAGAUGAAUGAAGAGCUUGGACCCGACGGAAGAGGGACCCUUUCUGUGGAUGAAUUAAAAAUCAAAACAGACAUUGGCUGAGUGAUCCUUGUGGCUUGUAAAGCAUUCUCGGUUGUAUUCUUUCAGGGGUGGGGCCAGAGAAAGACCAGCCCCGAAGUUUUGACUCUGGAAGUUCAGAGACUGUGACGACCUGUGCAGAGAAAGAGACCAAGAAAACACAUUCCAGAAGUGUUUUCUGGCUUGGGGAGUGUUUGCUUGGAAGGCUUACUAAGCGGAAAUCAUGGCUGCAAUGUUGGGGAGUUAAAUUAGCAAUACUAAUGUUUCUUUAUGAUUUUUAAAAAGGUUUGCUGUUAAUUUGCAACUAAUUAGCUAAAGGACACAGAUAUAAUUGGGCAUGAUGGUGGGAUGGACAAAGCAGUCUCGACUGUAACCUUCGUGCACUUAUUUUGGUUUGGCCAAAAGGCAUUUGCAGGAAAGAAUGCAUCAAGAUGAUACGAUCUGUCUUUUCAUUCUUGCAGGAUGGCAGUUUUAGUGCUGUAUUUUGAGCCAUUGUCUCUGUUAUUUGCAGUUAAGCUACCAGAGUGGCAAUUAAAAUCAAGCACCUUGAUACUGGAAAA